UACAACAAUCCGCGAGCUCACAGCUAGCCUGGUACAGGUCUGUUCUUCUUGCUGUUCCAUAGACACGAAAAUAUCUUCGUAUUUAUUAUUUACACAUAGAUUUUUAAUCGGAUUCACGCGAACAGGACAAUAUCCAACAGCAACACUGCAAACACAAAAAAUACGUGAAAGCUGUGCUGCCUGGUGUCAAAUUUACAGGAAUGUCCUGUGGCACCAAACCAAAGUCCAUGAGCCGAGCAAAGCAGUGGACGGAUGAAGUGGAAAACCUGUACAGAUUUCAGCAGGCAGGAUACAGGGAUGAGAUGGAGUACAGACAGAUCAAACAGUUGGAGAUUGACUGGUGGCCAGAAACAGGGUUUGUGAAGAAGCUCCAGAGGCGAGACAACACGUAUUAUUACUAUAACAGAAAGAGGGAGUGUGAAGACAAAGAAGUUCACAAAGUCAAAAUGUAUGCAUACUGACUUUAGUAACCUCAACAGCACUUCUCUUCCACACUCUUUCUCGUUUUUUGUGUUUUUCUGCAUUUGUUUUCAUAUAAUGGAAUAAACAGUCGAAGGAACUAGAUGAAUAAGUUGAUGUGAUUAAACUUGAAGCUUGACAUUG